AUGGCGGAGAUCAAGAUCGACAGCAGGCUCUUUCAAGAGCGCAUUAAUUCCUUCGUCACAUCAUGGAAGAAUGACUUGCGAGCUAAGGAUGGCGGCCUUUUCCAGGGCGCCACGUCGCUGGUCGUCCUCAUGGGCAAGGUCGAGGAGAUUCCCGAGUUCCACAAGAACAACGCCAUGCAUUUUUGGCUUCUUGGCUACGAGUUUCCGACGACGCUGAUGCUCUUCACCACCGAGACUCUUUACAUUCUCACUACGCCCAAGAAAGCCAAGCAUCUCGAGCAGCUCAAAGGCGGCCGAUUUCCGAUUGAGGUCCUCUCCAAGGGCAAAGACGCUGAUGCAAAUACCAAGCUAUGGAAGACGAUUACCGACAAAAUUAAUGAAGCUGGAAACAAAGUUGGUACGAUCGCUCGCGACACGUCCAAGGGACCAUUCAUCGACGAAUGGAAAAAAGUCCUUGCCGAAAGCUGCAAGGAUGUCGAACAAAUUGAUGCCUCCGUGGCCCUCUCCACCUACGCCUUUUCCGUCAAAGAUGAGAAUGAGCUGCGUGCCAUGCGAACUGCUUCUAAAGCGUGUGUUGCACUCAUGACGCCCUACUUCCUUGACGAAAUGUCGAACAUCCUGGACGCCGAGAAAAAGGUCAAGCACUCUGCGCUGGCCGACAAGGUCGACAAAAAGCUCGAUGACGACAAGUUCUGGAAGACUGUGCAGCUACCCAACAAUACCAAGCUACCAGCCGAUCUCGAUGCUACGCAGCUUGACUGGAUCCUCGGCCCUGCCAUUCAGAGUGGUGGCAAGUUUGAUCUGCGAUUCGCUACCGACUCCAACGACGACAAUCUGCAUCCUGGCAUCAUUGUUGCCGCCAUGGGCCUACGAUACAAGUCAUACUGCUCUUCGAUUGCCCGCACAUACCUUGUCGACCCGAACAAGUCCCAGGAAAAUAACUACAAACUCUUAUGCCAGAUCCACAACACCGUUAUCCAAGAGCUGCGCGACGGUGUGAUCGCCAAGGAUGUUUACGCCAAGGCUCUUAGUAUAAUCAAGAGCAAGAGCCCUGAGAUGGAGAAGCACUUCCUCAAAAAUGUCGGCUGGGGUGUUGGCCUUGAGAAUCGAGACUCCACCCUGGUGCUUAACGCCAAGAACCAGCGUGCUCUCAAAGACGGCAUGACCCUGAUCAUCAACACUGGAUUCCAGGACAUUGACAACCCGCAACCCCAGGACAAGAGCUCCAAGACUUAUUCGCUCGUGCUCAACGACACCGUUCGUGUUAGAAGCGCCGAGCCCAUUGUCUUCACUGCCGAAGCCCCCACAACUGCCGACGCCAACUCCUUCUUCUUCAAGGACGAUGAAGAGGAGCAGCCAACGCCGAAGAAGGAGAAGCGUGACUCUCGCGUUGGUGCUGUUGCUACCAAGAACAUCACCAGCACAAGACUCCGCUCGGAGCGUUCAAAUCAGGUAGAUACCGAUGCUGAGGCCAAGCGUCGUGCCCACCAAAAGGAUCUUGCCACCAAGAAGCAAAAGGAGGGCCUUGUCCGAUUCUCGGAGGCCAAGAGUGACAAGAACGGCGAUGAGGUGAAGAAGUUCAAGCGCUUUGAGUCUUACAAAAGGGACGAUCAAUUCCCUUUGCGCGUUAAAAACAUGGAAAUUAUCGUGGAUACCAAGAAUGCCACGGUCGUACUACCCAUCAUGGGUCGGCCCGUGCCUUUCCACAUCAACACCAUAAAGAACGCCAGCAAGAGCGAUGAGAAUGACUUCUCAUUCCUUCGUGUCAACUUUCUGUCUCCUGGACAGGGUGUCGGCCGCAAAGACGACCAGCCUUUUGAGGAUGCCAAUGCCCACUUUGUGCGCAGCUUGACAUUCCGCUCUACAGAUGGCGACAGAUACAGCGAGAUUGCGACUCAAAUUUCCAACUUGAAGAGGGAUGCUGUCAAAAAGGAGCAAGAGAAGAAGGACAUGGAGGAUGUCGUGGAACAGGACAAGCUCACAGAAAUUAGAAAUCGUCGACCCGCUGUCUUGGACAACGUCUAUAUCAGACCAGCGAUGGAGGGCAAGCGUGUACCCGGCAAGGUGGAAAUACACCAGAACGGUAUUCGCUACCUCUCGCCGCUGAACGCCCAGCACCGCGUGGAUAUUCUGUUUUCCAACGUCAAGCACCUGUUUUUCCAACCAUGCCAGCACGAACUCAUCGUCAUUAUUCACAUUCACCUGAAGGACCCGAUCAUUGUUGGCAACAAGAAGAAGACCAGGGAUGUUCAAUUCUACCGUGAAGCGACGGAUAUCCAAUUCGAUGAGACUGGUAACAGAAAGCGCAAAUAUCGCUACGGUGACGAGGACGAGUUCGAGGCCGAGCAAGAAGAGAGACGCCGUCGCGCCGAGCUCGACAGACUAUUCCAAGGCUUUGCGCAAAAGAUCGCCGAGGCUGGCCGCAACGAGGGUAUCGAGGUGGACAUGCCUAUCAGAGACCUUGGUUUCCAUGGUGUCCCGUUCAAGAGCAACGUCUUUAUUCAACCUACUACCGACUGCCUGAUUCAGGUGAUAGAGCCGCCUUUCAUGGUAGUUACGAUUGAGGAUAUUGAAAUUGCGCAUCUCGAACGUGUGCAGUUUGGCCUCAAGAACUUUGACAUGGUAUUCGUCUUCAAAGACUUUUCCCGAUCAGUCACCGCUAUCAACACCAUCCCCGUCGAGUUUCUCGACCAAGUCAAGGACUUCCUUGACUCCUCCGACAUUGCCUACAGUGAGGGUCCCCUGAACCUGAACUGGCCGACCAUUAUGAAGACGGUUACGGCCGACACCCACCAAUUCUUCGUCGACGGUGGCUGGUCCUUCCUACAGGCGGCCUCGGACGACGAGGGUGAAGAAGAGUCUGAGGAGGAGUCGGCCUUUGAGGUGGAAGAAGACGAUCUGGAAGCUGCUUCGGAAUCGAGUGAAGACGACUCCGAGUACGGUAGCAAUGCUAGCGACGAUGAUGAUGGCGAUGCUGAGCUCGACAGUGACGAUGAAGGCGAAGACUGGGAUGAGCUCGAGAAGAAGGCCAAGAAACGCGACAGAGAGAGCGGCCUAGAGGAGGAGGAGCGUGUCACCAGCAAGAAGCGCCGAAAGUAA